AUGGUGAAAACUUUCCAUGGGAAAAGAGGUAGGAGGAGGAAUAAACUCCCGAUUCGAAGAGAGCAACAACUCCCGCACCAGCAUGAGCCUCCAAUCGAGCAUGGGCUUCCAAUCGAGCCUGAGCCUCCAAUCAAUCAUGAGCCUCCAAUCAACGACGAAGCACCAGACAUCGAAGUUGAACCAGAAAUAGAGCAUGGAGCACCACUCGAGCUUGCAACUGAAAUCGAUCUUGAAAGAUAA